CUCUCCUUCCUCUCACACGCAGCCCUCUGCACUCACUCACCAGAGUAGUUCUCGGUCAACAAGUGUAAAGAAGUAGUGGAGAAGAGAGAGGUGGGUCUUUUCUUAGAGCCCAAGAGGCCCCGAAAAGGCUUGUUACCCUAUUCUCAAAGGUACUUGUAGAGGGAGAGGGACAGUUGAUGAGAGGACAGACAUGACGACGAACCACCUUCUUUCUUUACCCACCCUGUCUUUAGGAAAAAGGCAGAUUCAGUAGACCAGAGGCUUGAUGCCCAUCUUCCUGAAGGCCUAAAGACUUGGUUUGAUUUAGGCCUGCUUGUUCUUGUCAUUCAGAGUGACAUUUUUGUCACUCUAUUUUGGAAUACAACAGUUUCUCAGGAGAAAGGGUUUGUGUAAAGCUUACUCCUGGAUUACUUGUGGAGAUUUGUAAUGGGGAAUGCGGCUGCAGGGGGCUUGGAGCAGGAACAGGCUGAGGGCCGAGAGGUCAGUGGAGCUUUAGGAAUGAGUGACCCCACUCCAACCUUGCAGAAGAAGCAGCCGGCUCCCCCAAAACUACCCAUGCCCCCAGAGGAGGAACUGGACGAGCGCUUCAAUGUGGUACUAAGCUACAUGAAUUUGCCUCCAGACAAACUGGAGCUGUUGAGUCAGUAUGACAAUGAAAAGAAGUGGGAAUUAGUUUGUGAUCAGGAGCGUUUCCAGGUAAAGAGCCCCGCGUCCACUUACCUGGCUAAGAUCAAGAGCUUCUACCAGGAUCAAGGAGGGGUGUCUCGCAGGCUGAAGAAAAGGAUUCAAGAUGCCACAAAAGUCCUUAAGGAUUUGGAGAUAUCCCUUCGCACCAAUCACAUUGGAUGGGCCCAAGAUUUCCUCAACGAGCAGAACAAAGGUUUGGAUGUUCUGGUGGAAUACCUGUCCCAUGCACAAAGCGAUGCCUCGUUUGAUACGGAGAGUGUUGAAAAUGGUGGCAGCUUGUCAGAAAGAAGAAAACCUGUAGAUAGGUCGUUGGAGGACUUGACCAAAAGCUCCAGUGGCUCCCACUCACAUGGGAUGACCAGAGCUGCUCGGGCACUGACUGUGAGAAUAAGCUCCACUCUGGGGAACAAGAUACAUAAGAAGUCCCAUUCAUCCAGCCAGAGAGAUGAUGUACAUGUGUGCAUAAUGUGCCUGCGAGCCAUCAUGAACUACCAGUCUGGUUUUAACCUGGUGAUGACUCACCCGCGCUGUGUGAAUGAGAUCACCCUCAGUCUCAACAGCAAGAAUCCCAGGACCAAAGCCCUCGUGUUGGAGUUACUGGCUGCAGUGUGUCUUGUCAGAGGAGGGCAUGACAUCAUUCUGUCUGCUUUUGACAACUUCAGAGAGGUGAGCAGAGAAAAGAACCGCUUUGAAAAGUUGAUGGAGUACUUCAUCAAUGACGACAGCAACAUUGACUUCAUGGUGGCUUGCAUGCAGUUUAUAAACAUUGUGGUCCAUUCAGUGGAGAACAUGAACUUCCGUGUUCAUCUCCAGUUCGAGUUCACUCACCUCGGGUUAGACAAGUAUCUUGGGCGUCUGAAGCAAACAGAGAGCGAGAAGCUGCAGGUUCAGAUCCAGGCCUACCUGGACAAUGUGUUAGAUGUGGGAGCCCUGCUGGAGGAUGCUGAAAGCAGAGGAGGGGUGCUGGAGCAUGUGGACGAACUGCAGGAACACAACGUAGAGCUGAGUGCCCGGCUUCAGGAGAUUGAGAAACAGACUGCAGAGAGAACGUCUGAACUUGAGACUCAGCUCCUGCAGGCCACCAAGGAGACUGAGCUGCUCAAGGAAAGCCUGCGAGAGUCCUGUUCCCAGGUUAGUGCCUUGCAGCAGCGAGAACGGGAGUGUGAGCUGAACAGGGAGAGGGAGAGGGACAGGGAGCGUCUGAGCACCUCCGCCCCUCCGACUCCUUCAGAGCUGGAGCAGAAGCUCCAGGAGCUGCAAGACAAGGGGCUGAUCCGACUGGGACGCAGUGCCUCUGGAGCCCUGGACAUCCAGGUUGUGCCUGUCACAGUGAUCGAAUACAUCCAAGCCCCAGCUUCAUCCGCCCAGCCCAAUGCUCCGCACUCUAUUGCUAAGUCUGAUUCCCCACCAUCCGGCCUUCCUACCUCUGCUCCUCCGCCACCCCCUCCCCCUCCUCCGCCUCCUGGUGGUCCAGGGGCAGUUGCCGCUCCUCCUCCUCCUCCUCCUCCUCCGCCUCCUCCACCUCCUCUAGGAGGUUGUAGUGCGGGGCCUCCACCCCCUCCUCCACCACCUCCCCCACCAGGUGCUGGACCUCCACCUCCACCUCCCCCGCCUGGUGCUGGACCACCGCCUCCUCCUGGAGCACCAAACACUCAAUCUGGGGUUAAGAGCAAGAAAACCAUUCAGACCAAGUUCAAGAUGCCACUGUUUAACUGGCAGGCCUUAAAACCAAACCAGGUGACAGGCACCGUCUUCAAUGAACUAGAUGAUGAGCAGAUCUUAGGGGAGUUGAACAUGGAUAUGUUUGAGGACCAGUUUAAAACUAGGGCCCAGGGUAAUCCAAAAGACCUGUCUACUAUCAAAACGAAGGUGGUCCAAAAGGCCCCCAGCAAGACGUCCUUGAUUGACACCAACAAGGCUAAGAAUCUGGCCAUCACUUUACGCAAGGGGGGAAUGAACCCAUCUGACAUCUGCACCGCCAUAGAGACGUAUGACCAGCAGUCUUUGUCCAUAGACUUCCUGGAAUUACUUGAGCCCUUCAUACCAUCAGAUUUUGAGACGAAGCUGCUGGUUAACUAUGAAAAGGAUGGCCGCCCGCUGGAGGAGCUGACUGAUGAGGAUCAAUUUAUUUUACGCUUUGGGAAGAUUCCUCGUCUGAAGCAGAGAAUAAGCACUCUCACUUUCAUGGGCAACUUCCCAGAUACUGUCAAACGCCUGCAGCCGCAACUAAACUCCCUCAUCGCUGCUUCAAUGUCCAUCAAGUCUUCAACCAAACUGAAAAAGAUCUUAGAAAUUGUUCUCGCCUUUGGCAACUAUAUGAACAGCAGUAAGAGAGGUGCAGCGUACGGUUUUCGGCUGCAGAGUCUGGACCUUCUGUUGGAGACCAAGUCAACUGACCGCUCGCAGACACUACUUCAUUUCAUCACCAGUAUCAUCCAGGAAAAAUACCCAGACUUGGUCAACUUCCACUCUGAGAUACACUUUGUAGACAAAGCAGCGCUUGUAUCCCUGGAUGGGAUUCUUCAGGAUAUCCGCUCAUUGGAGCGGGGAAUGGAAAUGACCAAAAAAGAAUUCCUGGUGCAGGAUGAUAGCCCGGUGUUGAAGGAAUUCAUUAAAACCAACAGCGAGCAGCUGGACACUUUGAUCAAAGACAGCAAGACUGCACAGGAGGCCUACGGCUCUGUGGUGGAGUAUUUUGGAGAGAACCCCAAAACCACACAGCCUUCUAUGUUUUUCCCGAUGUUUGGACGCUUGAUAAAGGCCUAUAAGACAGCACAGCAAGAAAUUGAGCAGAAAAAGAAAAUGGAGAGUCAGAGCAGUGAGGAAAAAGUGCCAUCAUCUCCAGACAAGGCUGGGGUACAAAAGGGGCCUAUGAUGCCUAAGAUGCCCCAGAUGGACCUGAUCGCAGAGCUGAAGAAGAGGCAGGUGAAACCGCAGGUACGCGAGGGGAAGGACGGCGCGCUUGAGGACAUCAUCACAGAUUUAAGGAACACACCGUACAGGCGGACAGAUGGUCGACGGCCAGCCCAGCGCCAGGACACUUGAUCCCCUUCUGGUCCAUGACUUUCUAUAAAUAUAACUGGACUCACACUCAUGCGUACAGACAGAAGAACAUGCUUUAAAAUGUACUGUAUAUAAAUUAUAUCCAAUUAUAUAAUUAGCCAUAUGGCAGUGUGUAUUUUAACAUUUCAGUGUUAAUUUGCUGUGUAAAUAGAUUUUGACGAUGGAAUU